UUUUUCAUAUUUUUACUGGUCAUUUUUGCUGCAGAAAUAACUGGUGGUGUUUGGGCGUGGAUGUAUAAAGAUGAGGUAAACAAAAUAAUUGAAGUUCAAGUCACAAAAAUGGUGAAAGAUGAGUAUGGUGCUUCAAAAUCAGUUGAAAAUACUAUAGAUGCUGUUCAGCAUGAUUUACACUGCUGUGGUGCUCUACAGCCGAGUGAUUGGGCACAUUCUCGCUUAAAUAGCAAAGAUAAAAGUGCAGUUGAAGUUGGUAUAUCUAAAACACUAGGAUUUUACACAUUACCUGCAACAUGUUGCAAGAACAAAAACCCAGAAAUUUGUGAAAUUCAGCGAAAAAUAAAAUUUGCUGGACAGAUAUUUGAUGGUAUUUACAAUGAGGGAUGUAUUCCACGUUUACAGCGUUAUUUUGAAGAAAAUAUGAUAAUUAUGAUUGGCAUUGGUAUAGGUAUAGGAGUUAUUCAGGUUCUGGGUCUCAUAUUUUCUAUCAGUCUAUGCUGUGCCCUCCGAAAUGAAUGAUUAACAUCAUAUUGAUUUGAUAUGUUCUUUAUGUACAUACAUUCUGCGAAGUUGCCAUAGAUUUUUAACUUAAUCAUUUCACAAUGUACAAAGUGGACCAAUUACUUGUUAUCCUGCUUUGUUACAAUUACAAAAAGUUGAUGUUAUGUUUUCAGCUGCCAUCACUAUGCAUUUGUCCUUUGUCAACAAUGAUUCAAUAACUUGCACAGAGGCAGUAAAUAUUUGCUUCUGGACAUUUGUUUAUGUGCAUGAAUAUCAUAAACAUUUUUGGUAGAAGACUUGUAAUAUAUAUUUCUAAAUUUAAUAUGAAAAGGAGCCAUGUUGUGAAAUUUUUAAACAAAUACAUGAAGAAAUGCAAGUUUAUUUGUAGAUUAAUGUUAACCAAGCUCUCUGUAUGGGUAAAUAAUCAGGAAAGUUAAUAACCUGAAAUAACCAGAAUUUUAGAUGGGUAGGACUAUUUUAAAAUUUUUUUGUGAAGGAAUUAUAUGAGAUUUGUUAUUUUCUGAAGGAAACGUAUGCGAUUAUUCUGAACUUUAAAAGGAUAAUCCCAUUAACUUAAAAAUGCUUUUUAUAGAUGCAAGCACACACUGCAUUUUGUUUUUAUGUGACACUUUGUCUCUUAUUCACAUUUAGUACAGAAGUAUUCUUUAAGAGUAGAAAAUAUCCAGAAAUAUUAAUUUCAUAGCUGAAAGUCUGUAGCCUUUAUAAGAUGAUAUGUAUAAAAAUACUGGUGAGUGCUUAUUGAUAAUUUAAGUGCUUUAGACUUCUCUGUGUGCACAAAUGUUCAAAAAAAUUAUUCCUUGAAAUUUAAUAUCUGUAUUUAUUAUGCAAUUUUUUGAAAUUUUUGAUAUUUUUUGCUUUGGUAGCAGUGGAUUUUUUAUGAUUUACUAUUGCACAUUUUAUUUAUUAUCCAAUAAAAUAUGUUGCUUUAUAUAUCUCCAUCAGAAAUGUUUUGGAAGUUUAGGAAGUGGUAUUAAUUAACCAAAAUUAAAAUUUAAUUAAUUGGUUAAUUCAGACUUGUUUAUUUCGUAAGCUUUUACUUGCUCUUUAAUUUUUUACUUGAAUUUUCACCAGACUGUACAAGCAGAAUUUUAUUAACUUGCCGAAACAUGAUAGCUACUUCUUUAAAAAUGAUAUUUUUUCAAUUUUAUAAUGCUGCUAAGUCUGUUGGUUUCUGAUUUUAAUAUUGAGAAUGUUUGGAAAUCUUGACCCCUCCCCCUCAAAAAGCUUACUUCCUUUAAUUUUUUUUUAAUUUAUAUUAUUUUACUUAAUUUUUUAUGGUAAAGAUUUGAUGUUGGUAAAGUUGUAUAUAUGUUUUUAUAUAUAAAGGCAUUUCUCAUUUUAUAUUAUAUGUAUAGCAUUUUUUGUAAUAGUAGUACAUUUGAUAGUUAAUUUUUUUGGUAGCCCUUAUUUUUAAUACUGAUAGUUAUGACGUAGUUGUUUUAUUCAGAACUGAUUAUGAAUUGGAGCAGAGAUUCUGAAUUUAGGGAUAAUGACUCCCCAGAAAUGAGCUAAAAAUCUGUUAAAAGUUGUUAGAACAUUUGCUGACUUUUAUUUUUUUGUAAUGAGUAACUAAAUAUCUAGUUUUAUUAGCUGUGUAAAUACUGUGUACUACUAAUGGCAUAUACUACUAGAUUUUUUUAAAGCGAAUCAUUAUUUUUACUGAGCAUUAUUAAUUUAUUUUUAAACAAAAUUUUUUUAAAUUAAAUUUUCUAAAACUCGUUUUGUUUGCUGAACAAAAUAAGGUAAACUACUUGCACGAUAUAUACAGUUUAUUACUUCAUUCUGUUCUUUUAUUUUUAUAUUUACUUUGCAAAAAGUAAUACAAAAAAGAAUAAGGUCCUUACAUAUUAUCAAAUCUUUGUUCAUUAAUCUUUCGUCAUCCUUUUUCCUUGCUGCUGUAGAUGAAAAUUGUUUUUGCAUUGAAGCUGAUCUUGAAUUCUCAGUGAAGUUAAUAUUUGUCUCAAUGCUAGUUUAUCUUUUCUAAUCCUUUUAACUUGCAGUUCAAGCAAACUUACAGUUUUUAGCAAAAUUAAUUAUUCAGUGUUAGGUAUAAUAAUUUUUAUCAGUAAAGAUAUUUAUAUGCACAAUAAUGAAUAAUAUCUUUUGUUUUGAAAUAACACUUUAUUAUUGCUUUAGAACUAGCUAUUUCAGUCAGCAAUGCAUAAUUUUUGUUAUAAAACAGUUAAAUUGGCUUUGUAUUAUUUGGUUAAGAUGUUUCAUAUCUGUAAAUUUUGUAAUUUUUAAAUAUGAGCAAUAUUCAUUAUUUUGCUCUUAAAAGCAGUUCUAGCUAUAAAAGAUAUGCAAGUUCUGCAACAGCUGCCAUAAUUAACACUGCCAGACACAGAGCCAAUGUUUAGAACAAUUGACCAAAAUCUGCAUCAUAAAUUUAGGCUAAUAAAAUUACUGUUUAGAUUCAUGCUCUUGAAAGAUAGAAAUAAGAAGCAGACAUCUAAUGCUUUUUUAAAUCUUUGAAUUUAUUUAGUUUUCUUAAAUGUAUGUCAUAAAAGGCUGUUUAACUACUACAGUCUUGAUUAAUGUAUAUAAAAAAUGUAAAUUAGAAAAUUUGUUUUGUAUCAAACAUGGAACAUAAUUAUGUUAAAUCAUUUGCCUAAUUAUCUAAGUAAUCUAAGUAGUAUCUAUAGUAAGUAACUGGUUUUAUAUUAAAAUAUUAACCUAAUCAUUAAUUAAAUAUUUCCUAAUAAAUUUGUAAUAAAUAUUUCCUAAUAAAUACCUAAUCUUUAAUUAAAUAUUAGCUUAAUCCUUUCUAAAUAUAUUGUUUCAUUAUUAGUCUCAUUAGAUUAUAUCUUCAAAAAUUUAUUUGAAGGUUACAUUUUCUACUUCAAAAGAAAGGAAAAUGAUGGUAUGCAAGUUAACUAUUAUUGGAAUUAUCUGUUUGUUCCUUACUUGGAUAUACAUAAGAUUUAAAUUUUGAAUUAGGUAUUAUAAACCCAGUUUAAAAUUUGAAAGUGCAUUACUUAUGAGAAAAGAAUAUAUAUAUCUUUAGAUUAUAAAUUUAAAUUUAAACAAUUAAAUU